CCGGAUUCCUAUGUUUGCACAGCUCGUAAAUUGGAUCCUCACGAAUCCUAUAUUAUAAAAUAUGAUCCAGAUGUUAAUGCUAAAACUGCACAUCAUAUGCUGUUGUUUGGCUGCAAAGAUUUAAAGAAUCAAAACCACUUAUAUCCUGCACAUUGGAACUGUGCCCAUAGUGACCUUUGUGAUCAAAUAACUAUCAUGUAUGGCUGGGCAAAGAAUGCUCCUUCCAUAGAACUACCUGCAGAUGUAGGUUUUCUGAUUGGAGGAAACAGCUCAAUCCAAUAUCUAGUACUACAAAUACAUUAUGCAAAUUCUUUACCAGAAGGAACUACAGACAACAGUGGGUUAAAACUCCAUUUAACUACUCAAAGGCAACGAUACGUUACUGGAAUACGUUUGUUGUUGGCAGAUUAUGCUCAAAUACCACCUCAUGCCCCAAAUUAUCAUAUUGAUGUGAACUGCAAAUUUGACGAAAAUUAUAUCAUUCACCCAUUCGCCUAUCGUGUUCAUACUCAUAAACUUGGAGUGGUUGUAUCUGGAUACUAUUUUAAUACGCAUAAUAAGUCGUGGACUUUUUUAGCAAAAGGAAAUCCACAAUGGCCACAAGCAUUCUAUCCAUUGGAAAGGACACACACAAUAACAAGUGAUGAUAUUUUGGCUGCACGAUGUACAUAUGAUUCCUCAGAGAUGAAUGUGCCAGUAAAAUUAGGGUCAUCAUCCACUGAUGAAAUGUGCAAUCUUUAUAUAAUGUACUACACUGAAUAUAGAAAUGCUCAGGCUGGGCAAUCACCUCCAUGUAUUGGUGUCCAAAUCGGGGAACUGGUCGAGAGAUUGCCACCCGGUAAUGACGUGCCCCUUCCUUCGAACCCAGAAAUGGAACAGCAAGCAUAUGGACACAGUCAUCACCAACCUAUCUCUUACAGUAUUGAAGAUGAUAAAUUGGCAUCUUCCUCUUCCUAUAAUCCUGAGUAUGUUCUAGGGAACAGUGCGAAUCAUCUUGUUCCUAAACCAGCUGAUUUACAACUGAAUAACGAAUACAUGUACAAAGAAGUAUAUGGCUGGCCUGCAAAAAAUUUGAAGUUUGGUCAGGUGGCUGCUGUGACAGUUGACCAUAAUGGUAAUGUGGCCAUCUUCCAUCGUGGAAGUCAUGUCUGGAACGAAUUAUCAUUUGACGUGUAUCACAAUUAUAGACCAAUUCAAGAUGGUCCUAUCAAAACACCCACCAUUGUUCACAUCGAAUCUGCCACUGGAUUGUUACUUAAGGAAUGGGGAAAUGAGUUAUUUUACAUGCCCCAUGGUCUUUAUAUACAUUCUGAUGGAAGUUUUUGGUUGACAGAUGUUGCUUUGCAUCAAGUUUUCCAUUUUUCUGCUGAUGAUCUUAAAAAGCCAGUACUUACUUUAGGUGAAAGGUUUAUACCUGGGGAUGACAAAGACCAUUUCUGCAAACCUGCUAGUGUUGCUGUAAGCAAAAAUGGAGAUAUUUAUGUAGCUGACGGGUAUUGCAAUUCUAGAAUAGUGAGAUUUUCUGCAGAUGGUAAAUACUCAAGUCAGUGGGGAAAACAAGAUAAUGUCUUUGAAAGAAAUCCUCCCGUUGGUAGCUUCAGGAUUCCUCACAAAGUAAUCCUCUUGGAAGAUAGAGACCUGACCUGUGUAGCUGAUAGAGAAAACGGCAGGAUUCAAUGCUUCACCAUGGUUACGGGAAGAUUUAGGUUCCAGAUUCAGAGAGAAGAGUUUGGUGGUACUCUUUACUCCAUAGCAUAUUCUGCUGAAAAAGGAUUACUAGUAGCAGUGUGCGGAGAAGCUGUUUACAAAGAUCACUUAGUGAGAGCUUUUGUAUUCAAUGUAACGGAUCAAAAGUUAUUGAAUGUGUUUGCACCCAGAUCUGGAACGUUUACAAGGCCUCAUGAUUUAGCUAUUUUACCUAAUGGAGAUGAAGCAUUUGUUUGUGAGAUUGGUCCAAAUCUUGUGUGGAAAUUUAUUCGAGCUUAUCACAAGUCGUCUAAAAAAGUCCUUGAUGUACCUGAAACAGAUCCAAAAACAACUCAUGCAAAAAUCUCCCCCCACAGCCACGUACCACUAUCAGGCAUGCAGGACAAAGCCUUCGGAAACAAAACUCUUUCGGAGGAUGAAGACUCGACUAGUUUUGAGACGUCUCUAAUUGUACUUGCUCUUCUGGCAAUUCCAAUUAUUUGCCUAGUUUUAGUCACGGUCAUAGUUAGACUUCGCAGAAGAGGUAAACUUCAGCAAACUUACUUUGGAAAUCUGAAAGGUUGGUGGGGUGGGUACAAGACUCCCCACUCGCAGGACAAAUUUAAUUUGGGUAGCCUGCUGAACCCCCACAAGGGCUUUGAUCGAGUCUCCCUCGAAGAGAGUGAUGGUGAAUGUGAAGAUGGAAGUGACUCUGAUGUUGAAGAAUUUAGUGCUAUAGCUAAGAAAACUUAGUUAAUCUCCCUAGAUUUCUUCAUUCACAAAUACUUGAGUGAUUCUAAAAGUAUGGUUUAUAUUUAAGGAGUCAUUCCAAACACAGUUAAUGAUUUCUAUUAAUAUUUGUUGAAAAAAAGCUUCUGUAGAACCCUGUUAAUCCAAAAUUCCAGAAAAUACAAACCAAUAUUAUUUCUCAAAAAUUAAAAAGAGAAAACUCUUAGUAAAAAUAUUCAUAAAAUAACUGUGAAAAAAAAGAACCACUUAGUGAAUCAUACGAUAGGAAAACAAAUUAUAAAACUUCAUAAUUUAAAGACCGUGCAAAAUGGGACGAUAAAAUAAAAUCACAUAAUCCCUUCUCUUACUACAGUUAAAUUCUUUAGUAAUCGUAUAAAGUGUAAUGUAGUUUACGUGGAAACACUGAGGAUAGUAUUGAAAAUGCAAUCAUUCAAAUUUGUGAUUCAUAUUCAUUUGUGAGAAUAAAAAUCAUUAUAAAGUAUCAUGAAAAUCAUGACUCACGUGUGCGUUUGUAAUUUAUGUUGCUUAUCAUGUGACUGGGAUAUAACACCAGAAAGUAAUAAGCUAAUAACACAAUUUACUUCCAUAUUCAAAAUCAUAUAGCGUUCUAAACAAUAAAUUUUAAUGCAUAGAUUUCAUUCAGCAUUUAAUACAUUUUUGCCAAAAUUCUGUUAUGACAUAAGACACUACUCUACUUUUGAUUACGUUUACAACAGUUCCAUGAAACACAAAGUACAAUUAGAAUUAUCUGAUUUUUUGGAGAAAACCAAACAGGAUUAUCGAGGUUCUACUACAUUUUAAAAUAAAAAUAAUAAAAUGAUAUUUCAUAUUGUUCCUUUGAUUAAAGAAAAGAAAGAUAUUGGAAUGACAAACUUAAGAUAUUAUGAAACUAAAGAUCCUAUUUUGUUCUAUUUUCCUAAAUGAAUGAUGAAAAACUUUUUAUAGAAUGAUUAAACUUAAAAGUGUCUAAGCUAUGGAUUGCUGACAUUUUUAAAUUGGUUUAAUUUUUUAUUAUUUUGAAAAUUGGUCGUUUUUUAAUGAAGUAUUUAUUUAAAAAAAACAAUUUUACCUUUCAAUUUAGAAUUCUUAAUGUUUUGUUCCCACUCUUUUAAAUUAAAUCUGCAUUUAUUCACUGUGUUCAACCAUUUUUUAAUGUUUUAUUCACUUAAGAAUUGUUUCUUUAUUGCUUACUUAUAUUAACCAUUAUGUGUUUAUAUUAAAAAAAAAGGAUUUUACAUUUAAGUUGGUAUGACAAAGGUUUAUAUGUUGAGUACCUUAACAUUACUUGUAAUGUUAUCUACAAAAUUCUUAAUGAAUUUCAUAUACAGUAGAACUUAAGUCAUUUGAAAUUCAAUAAUUUAAUUACUUUGU